AUGCCAGAACGGCUAGCGGAAAUGCUCUUGGAUCUCUGGACUCCAUUAAUAAUAUUAUGGAUUACUCUUCCCUCUUGCAUUUACAUGGCUCCAAUGAAUCAGUCUCAAGUUUUCAAAAGAGGCUGGGUUUGGAACCAAAUGUUUGUCCUGGAAGAGUUUUCUGGACCUGAACCGAUUCUUGUUGGGCGGCUGCACACAGACCUGGAUCCUGGAAGCAAAAAAAUUAAGUAUAUCUUAUCAGGUGAUGGAGCUGGGACAAUCUUUCAAAUAAAUGAUAUAACAGGAGAUAUCCAUGCUAUAAAAAGACUUGACCGAGAGGAAAAGGCUGAGUACACCUUAACAGCUCAGGCAGUGGACUGGGAGACGAACAAGCCUCUUGAGCCUCCUUCUGAAUUUAUUAUUAAAGUUCAAGACAUCAAUGACAAUGCACCGGAGUUUCUUAAUGGACCCUAUCAUGCUACCGUGCCAGAGAUGUCCAUUUUGGGUACGUCUGUCACUAAUGUAACAGCCACCGAUGCCGAUGACCCAGUUUACGGAAACAGCGCAAAGCUGGUGUACAGUAUCUUGGAAGGACAGCCCUAUUUUUCCAUCGAGCCUGAAACAGCAAUUAUAAAAACCGCCCUGCCCAACAUGGACAGAGAAGCCAAGGAGGAGUACCUGGUCGUUAUCCAAGCCAAAGAUAUGGGUGGACAUUCCGGUGGCCUGUCUGGAACCACAACUCUUACAGUGACCCUCACCGACGUAAAUGACAAUCCUCCGAAAUUUGCCCAGAGUCUGUAUCACUUCUCAGUACCAGAAGACGUGGUCCUUGGCACUGCAAUAGGGAGGGUGAAGGCCAAUGAUCAGGAUAUUGGUGAAAAUGCACAGUCAUCGUACGACAUCAUUGAUGGAGAUGGAACAGCACUCUUUGAAGUCACCUCUGAUGCCCAGGCCCAGGAUGGUGUGAUACGACUGAGAAAGCCUCUGGACUUUGAGACCAAAAAAUCCUAUACACUGAAGGUAGAGGCAGCCAAUGUCCACACUGACCCACGUUUCAGCAGCAGGGGGCCCUUUAAAGAUACUGCGACCGUCAAAAUUGUCGUUGAGGAUGCAGAUGAGCCUCCUGUCUUCUCUUCCCCAACGUACCUCCUCGAAGUUCAUGAAAAUGCUGCUCUAAACUCCGUGAUUGGUCAAGUGACUGCUCGUGACCCUGACAUCACUUCCAGUCCUAUAAGGUUUUCCAUCGACCGGCACACUGACCUGGAGAGACAAUUCAACAUUAACGCAGAUGAUGGGAAGAUAACACUGGCAACACCACUCGACAGAGAAUUAAGUGUGUGGCACAACAUAACAAUCAUUGCUACUGAAAUUAGGAACCACAGUCAGAUAUCACGAGUACCUGUUGCUAUAAAAGUGCUGGAUGUCAAUGACAACGCCCCUGAAUUCGCAUCCGAAUAUGAGGCAUUUUUAUGUGAAAAUGGAAAACCCGGCCAAGUCAUUCAGACAGUGAGUGCCAUGGACAAAGAUGAUCCCAAAAAUGGACAUUAUUUCUUAUACAGUCUUCUUCCAGAAAUGGUCAACAAUCCGAACUUUACCAUCAAGAAAAAUGAAGAUAAUUCCCUCAGCAUUUUGGCAAAGCAUAAUGGAUUCAACCGCCAGAAGCAAGAAGUCUAUCUUUUACCUAUCAUAAUCAGUGAUAGUGGGAAUCCUCCUCUGAGCAGCACCAGCACCCUGACCAUCCGGGUCUGUGGCUGUAGCAGUGAUGGUGUUGUCCAGUCUUGUAAUGUUGAAGCUUAUGUCCUUCCGAUUGGACUCAGUAUGGGCGCCUUAAUUGCCAUAUUAGCAUGCAUCAUUUUGCUGCUAGUCAUCGUGGUGCUGUUUGUAACUCUGCGGCGACAUAAAAACGAGCCAUUAAUUAUCAAAGACGAUGAAGAUGUACGAGAAAACAUCAUUCGCUACGACGACGAAGGAGGAGGGGAGGAAGAUACAGAGGCUUUUGAUAUUGCAACUUUACAAAACCCAGAUGGAAUUAAUGGGUUUUUACCCCGUAAGGAUAUUAAACCGGAUUUGCAGUUCAUGCCAAGGCAAGGGCUUGCUCCCGUCCCGAAUGGUGUUGAUGUCGACGAAUUUAUCAAUGUACGGCUACACGAGGCAGAUAACGACCCCACCGCCCCGCCGUAUGACUCCAUCCAGAUUUACGGCUACGAAGGCCGGGGGUCUGUGGCUGGCUCCCUCAGCUCCUUGGAGUCCACCACCUCAGACUCAGACCAAAAUUUUGACUACCUCAGUGACUGGGGUCCCCGCUUUAAGAGACUGGGCGAACUUUACUCUGUCGGUGAAAGUGACAAAGAAACUUGA